GCCCGGGGUCCAGCGGGGGUACUGCAAUGGUGGCUGCGGCAGCCGGGGGGCCGCCGCCACGGCCACGGUCACGGCCACUGGCCCCUUCCCUGUAGCCGGUGACCAACAGUGAGCCCCUGGAGGGGCGCCGAAAGGGUUAAGCCGGCUCUAGGCCCCCGCGAGAACUCCCCCGUGCAUUCUGCCGCGGCGGCCGCUCGGUGGAACCGCGGUCCGCUCAGCUCCGCUCCUCUCCUCUGCUCUCCUCCCGGCUCCUUUCCUCCUCUCCCCGGCAGCGGCGGGCUCGGAUGCUCCUGCGCGAGGGAGGCUCGCAGGCGUCUUCGAGGGACCAGCCGGCUUCCCUGCAGCCGAGCAUCCCUCCGCCCCCCGCCCCGCCUGCCCCUUUCCUCCUCCUCCUCAGUCCCCCGCCCCCCGCGGGCCUCCGCACUGGCCAGGCGGCGGCGGCAGCAGUGGCAGCAGCAGCAGCAGCAUCCAACCUGCUCAUUCCUGCAGCGAGAGGGAGAGAGAGAAGGAGAGGAGGAGAGAGGGAGGGAGAGAGGAGGGAGUCUGUCUGCAAAGUGCUGCUCCCUGGUGCUCAGAGGCGGCUGCUCCAUCUCCAACUCUCAUUCAUUUCUCCGGUUAACAUGAGAGAUCAUGGCCGCCUUCGGGCUUCUCAGUUAUGAGCAGAGACCUCUGAAACGACCCCGGCUCGGGCCGCCUGAUGUCUACCCGCAGGACCCAAAGCAGAAGGAGGAUGAACUCACUGCAGUGAAUGUAAAGCAAGGUUUCAAUAAUCAACCGGCUUUUUCUGGUGACGAGCAUGGCUCUGCCAAGAAUAUUGUCAUUAACCCAUCCAAGAUUGGAGCUUAUUUUAGCAGCAUAUUAGCAGAGAAACUGAAGCUAAAUACUUUCCAGGACACCGGAAAGAAGAAACCACAAGUUAAUGCUAAAGAUAAUUAUUGGCUGGUGACCGCCCGAUCCCAGAGUGCAAUUCACAAUUGGUUCUCAGAUUUAGCAGGAAAUAAACCACUCACUAAUUUAGCAAAAAAGGUUCCUAUCCUCAGCAAAAAAGAGGAUGUUUUUGCAUAUUUAGCAAAAUAUUCAGUGCCAUUGCUUCGGGCAGCAUGGUUGAUCAAGAUGACAUGUGCCUAUUAUUCUGCUAUUUCUGAGGCUAAGAUUAAGAAGCGUCAGGCAACUGAUCCGAAUAUGGAAUGGACCCAAAUCUCUACAAGAUAUCUUCGAGAGCAAUUGGCAAAGAUUGCAGAUUUUUAUCACCUGGCCUCAGCCCCGGGCAAUGGCUCUAUGGUUAUGCCUCAAGACGUAGAACAAGCUUUGAAGCAGUGGGAAUACAAUGAAAAACUGGCAUUCUAUAUGUUCCAGGAAGGGAUGCUUGAACGGCAUGAAUAUUUGACCUGGAUCCUGGAUGUCCUGGAAAAAAUCAGGCCAGUGGAUGAUGACCUCCUCAAGCUACUACUACCACUAAUGCUGCAGUAUUCAGAGGAGUUUGUUCAGUCAGCUUAUCUGUCCCGCCGUCUUGCUUACUUCUGCGCCCGACGCCUGUCUCUCCUGCUGAACGAUAGUCCCAAUCUCCUAGCUGCACAUUCACCUCACAUGAUGAUUGGUCCAAACAAUCCAGGUCUGUCAGCAUCCAGCCCUGCUGCACCUGGGCCGGUAAUGAGCCCAGUCCAGCUGGCCGGCUCAGACUUUCUUUCCUGCCCACAGCAUCGUCCGCUGGUUUAUGGACUUAGUUGCAUGCUGCAGACUGUAACCCUUUGUUGCCCAAGUGCCUUGGUGUGGAAUUAUUCCACAAAUGAAAAUAAAAGCGUUAACCCGGGCUCUCCUCUGGAUCUACUUCAAGUUGCUCCCUCCAGUUUACCUAUGCCUGGUGGAAAUUCAGCAUUUAAUCAACAGGUUCGGGCAAAGAUCUAUGAGGUGGAACAGCAGAUAAAACGUCGGGGCCGUGCAGUGGAGGUUCGGUGGUCUUUUGACAAGUGCCAGGAAUCAACAGCAGGGGUCACUAUCAGUAGGGUCUUGCACACCCUGGAAGUCUUAGAUCGCCAUUGUUUUGACAGAUCCGAUUCCAGCAAUUCAAUGGAGACCCUUUAUCAUAAAAUUUUCUGGGCCACCCAGAAUAAGGACAACCAAGAGGUGGCUCCAAACGAUGAGGCUGUGGUGACCUUGCUGUGUGAGUGGGCUGUGAGCUGUAAGAGGUCUGGCAAACACCGGGCCAUGGCUGUGGCCAAACUUUUGGAGAAGAGGCAGGCCGAAAUUGAGGCAGAACGCUGUGGUGAAUCAGAAGUCUUAGAUGAGAAGGAAUCUCUUUCUUCAGCCUCCCUUGCUGGGUCCAGCCUGCCCGUGUUUCAGAAUGUCCUGCUUAGAUUUCUAGACACACAAGCUCCCUCACUGUCUGACCCAAAUAGCGAAUAUGAAAAGAUCGAAUUUGUCAAUCUGGUGCUGCUAUUUUGUGAGUUUAUCCGGCACGAUGUUUUCUCACAUGACGCAUACAUGUGCACAUUGAUAUCUCGAGGGGACUUGUCCAUAAGUGCCGCUACUCGUCCACGGUCACCACCUGGGGAAAAUCUGGACGAACAUUAUUCAAAAGACAACGAUGUGAAAUUAGAGGAGCAUAGCAUUAUGGAACAUAUGGGCAUUGACUCAGGAACUGCUAAUAUUUUUGAUGACGUAGACAAGAGUGACUUUAAAACUGACUUUGGUUCAGAAUUUCCAAUUUUUUCUCCUAUGCCUGGAGAGUCCUGUGAGAAUGCCAACUCUUCCUUAGACAGAAGAAUUUCAGUUAAUAGUGAGAAGAUGGUGAAGAGAGAAAAGCAGAGGGAAUUAAUAUUUCCAUCCAAUUAUGACCUCCUUCGGCACCUGCAAUAUGCCACACAUUUCCCUAUACCUUUGGAUGAGUCUUCGAGCCAUGAAUGUAACCAGCGUACAAUUCUGCUGUAUGGAGUUGGGAAAGAGCGUGACGAGGCAAGGCACCAGCUGAAGAAGAUUACCAGAGAUAUCCUGAAGAUUCUAAAUAAGAAGAGCACUACUGAGUGUGGGGUUGAGGAUGAAGGACAAAAAGCCAGGAAGAGCAAACAAGAGACCUUUCCAACGCUGGAGACUGUAUUCACAAAACUACAACUCCUCUCAUAUUUUGACCAACAUCAAGUUACAUCUCAGAUCUCUAGCAAUGUACUAGAACAGAUAACCAGCUUUGCUUCAGGAACAUCCUACCAUCUUCCCUUGGCUCACCACAUUCAACUUAUCUUUGAUCUUAUGGAACCAGCCUUGAACAUCAAUGGGCUUAUUGACUUUGCAAUACAGCUGCUCAAUGAGUUGAGUGUGGUCGAGGCAGAAUUACUCCUGAAGUCCUCCAGCUUGGCAGGAAGUUACACAACAGGCUUGUGUGUGUGCAUUGUGGCAGUGCUGAGGCGCUACCAUGCCUGCCUCAUCCUGAAUCCAGACCAAACUGCCCAAGUAUUUGAAGGAUUAUGUGGUGUGGUAAAGCAUGUGGUCAAUCCGUCGGAAUGUUCCUCCCCUGAAAGAUGCAUCUUAGCCUACCUCUAUGAUCUCUAUGUGUCAUGUAGCCAUCUAAGAAGUAAAUUUGGAGACCUCUUCAGUAGUGCCUGUUCAAAAGUAAAGCAGACCAUCUACAAUAAUGUGCAGCCUUCAAACUCCAACUUAUUGUGGGACCCUGACUUCAUGUUGGAUUUUAUUGAGAAUCCCUCUGCUCAUAACAUCAACUAUUCCAUGCUGGGCAAGAUACUCAGUGACAACGCAGCCAACCGCUACAGCUUGGUGUGUAAUGCACUCAUGAAUGUAUGUAUGGGGCAUCAGGAUGCAGAGAGAAUUAAUGACAUUGCCAACCUUUGUGCUGAGCUGACGGCUUGCUGUACUGUGCUCAGCUCAGAAUGGUUAGGAGUCCUCAAGGCCCUUUGCUGCUCAUCCAAUCACGUCUGGGGAUUCAAUGAUCUACUUUGCAGUGUAGAUGUCAGUGACCUCUCCUUCCACGAUUCACUGGCCACCUUCAUUGCGAUUCUGAUAGCCCGGCAAUGUUUUUCCCUGGAGGACGUUGUCCAACAUGUGGCACUUCCUUCGCUGCUAGCAGCAGCUUGUGGAGAUCCAGAUGCUGAGCCUGGAGCCAGAAUGACAUGCCGACUACUCCUCCAUCUCUUCCGGACGCCACAGGUCUGUUUGUUACCUCAAGCGACAGGGAAGCCUUUCCCUGGAAUAGUGCUUUCUUCUUGUGAUCGUCACCUUUUUAGCUGCUGCUCACAACAGCAUAGAGUGGGAGCUGUCUUUGCUGUCUUAAAAGCAAUUCUCAUGCUUGGAGAUGCCGAAAUUGGGGAGUAACUAAAUGCCAACACCUUAAAAAAUGAGGACUUCACUAUGAGGGGCUUACUAGAUGACAUGAAGGAAGACGAUAUUUGGAAUGCCUCACAGUCCAUGAAACCAUGUGGGAAAGCGGUUUCCAUAGAAACCUCCAGCUUGAGCGAAUAUGCUCGCUACGUCCUACGAACCAUCUGCCAGCAGGAAUGGGUUGGAGAACAUUUGAAAGAACCAGAGAGAUUGUGUACAGACAAGGACCUUAUAUUGGACCCUGUCUUCACACAAGCAAGCACAGAAUUGCUGCAGCUGAUCUGUUACCCUCAUGGCGUCAAAGAAUGCACAGAAGGGGAUGACAUCCAAAGACAACUUAAGCGCAUCCUUCAGAAUCUAGACCAGUGGACUCUCAGACAGUCCUGGCUGGAACUCCAGUUAAUGAUCAAACAGUGCAUGAAGGAGCCUGGUUCUGGGUCAGUGGCUGAAAUGAUGUUGUUGGAUAAUAUUGCAAAGACGACAAUAGAGGUGUUUCAGCAAUCCGCCUGACUUAAACAAUAACUCUUCUAACCGGGUAUAGGACUCUUCAACCCAAAUGCUAUUGGAAAUGGCGACACGAGUAACACAAGGCAGAAUGGUAAAAAGACAUUCCUAAGUUCUUCUGAACGCAGGGGUGUAUGGCUGGUGGCGCCCCUCAUUGCAAAGCUGCCCACUUCCGUUCAAGGUAGGGUGCUAAAAGCUGCUGGGGAAGAACUAGAGAAAGGACAGCACUUGGGAUCCUCCUCAAAGAAGGAAAGAGAUAGACAAAAGCAAAAAAGUAUGUCUCUCUUAAGUCAACAACCUUUCCUCUCAUUGGUACUUACCUGCCUUAAGGGACAGGAUGAACAACGGGAAGGACUCCUAACAUCCCUGCAAAACCAAGUUAAUCAGAUUUUAAGUAACUGGAGAGAAGAACGAUACCAGGAUGAUGUUAAAGCAAGGCAAAUGAUGCACGAGGCAUUGCAACUACGUCUUAAUUUGGUAGGAGGAAUGUUUGACACUGUGCAAAGAAGCACCCAGUGGACCACAGACUGGGCACUUCUACUCCUUCAGAUAAUUACUUCAGGAACUGUUGACAUGCAGACUAACAAUGAAUUAUUCACCACAGUUCUUGACAUGCUGGGUGUCCUGAUCAAUGGAACCUUAGCCUCUGAUCUGUCAAGCUCUUCCCAGGGUGGAGCCGAAGAAAACAAGAGAGCUUACAUGAAUCUAGUGAAGAAAUUGAAAAAAGAGCUGGGUGACAAACGGUCAGAGAGUAUCGACAAAGUUCGCCAGCUGCUGCCUUUGCCCAAGCAGACGUGUGAUGUCAUCACUUGCGAACCUAUGGGAUCCUUGAUUGACACCAAAGGCAACAAAAUCGCGGGAUUCGACUCCAUAGAUAAGAAACAGGGUCUGCAAGUGUCCACAAAACAGAAGGUAUCCCCGUGGGACUUAUUUGAGGGUCACAAAAAUCCAGCUCCACUCUCUUGGGCCUGGUUUGGGACCGUUCGAGUGGACCGAAAGGUGAUCAAGUAUGAGGAACAGCAUCAUCUCCUCCUCUACCACACCCACCCCACCCCCAAGCCCCGAAGCUACUACCUCGAGCCUCUCCCUCUGCCUCCUGAGGAGGAAGAGGAAGAGCCAACCACACCAGUCUCUCAGGAACCGGAAAGGAAAUCAGCUGAGCUGUCAGAGCAGGGGAAAACUGCAGCAGAUGAGGAGAAGAAAACAAAAGGAAGGAAGCGAAAGACAAAAUCAAAUUCAAGAGUUGAUGAAUACCCCCAAAACAACAUAUACCGAGUGCCUCCCAAUUACUCACCGAUUUCCUCCCAAAUGAUGCACCACCCUCAGUCGGCAUUGUGGGGUUAUAACAUCAUGGGACAGCCACAACAACCUGGCUUCUUCCUGCAGAAUCAGUCGCUUGCACCAGGUGGCUCCCGGCUGGAUCCCACGGGUUCAUUUGUCCCCACCAACACAAAGCAAGCCCUUUCCAACAUGUUACAGAGACGAUCGGGCACCAUGAUGCAGCCUCCCUCCAUCCAUGCCAUCACAUCCCAACAGCAGUUGAUCCAGAUGAAACUCAUGCAGCAACAGCAGCAGCAGCAACAGCAGCAGCAGCAGCGGCUCCUCAGACAACAAGCCCAAACAAGACCUUUCCAACAGGGCCAGCCCCUAGACCAGGCUGCCAUUUUUCCUCCACAAGUUCGACCAUCUUCCCAACUUCCUCAGUAUUCAGGGUUGCAACAGGCACAGGCUAUGCCCCAUGGAUAUACCAUGUACAGUACUCAGAUGCCUCUCCAGCCACAGCAACAGGCCAGCGGGGUGGUCCUGUCCCCCGGCUACAACCCGAGAACGUAUCCAGCCGCACAUUCCAAUCCAGCUCUGAUGGAGAGGCUGCGGCAGAUGCAGCAGCCGCCGCCAAGCGGUUACAUUCAGCAGCAGGCCGCCGCCGCUGCCUACCUUCAACCUCUGCCAGGAUCUCAGAGACUGACCCAUCAACCUUUACAACAAAGUCCUUUGGUUGGCGGGGGACUGGAUGCUGUACUGACCACUACACCCCAUCCAAACCUCAAUUCCGUGCCACUGCCUCAGGACCAGAUGAGACAGAGACAACAGCAGAUCAGACAACAGAGACUCCUUCAGUUACAGCAGCAACAGCAGCAGCAGCAGCCUCAACCGCAGCAGCAGCAACAGCAGCCUCAACAGCAGCAGCAGCAGCAGCAGCAGCCACAACCACAGCAGCAGCAGCAGCAGCAGCCUCAGGGUCAGCAGACACUGGGACUCCAAGCAAUGCAGCCACAGCAACCUUUGUUCCCCAGGCAAGGCUUACAACAAACGCAGCAACAACAACAGACUGCAGCAUUAGUCCGACAACUCCAGAAACAGCUUUCGAGUAACCAACCACAACAAGGAGUAACUCCAUAUGGGCAUCCUACACAUUUCUGAAAUGUGGACGAAGAAAUGACACCUACUUUGAUGUUUGCACUGAAGAAUAACAAAUCAAAUCCAAUGCACUAGUAAUUCUUAGAAAUUUUCUUUUUUUCCCCUAUGGUUUCUUUUAAGUUUGCCUCAGGAUAUUUUUUUUUUUUACUACGUUUAGAGUGAAGCUUUAACAGAAAGCGGCAAGAGGCUUUGUUUGCAUUCAGCUUUAAAAUCAUUACCCAAGUUUGCUUCAUUUGGGCAAAAUUCCAAGAAGAGUUUCUCAGAGAAGCAUUUGAAAUUGGUGCUUUUCUGAAUCUUUGCAUUUCAAAAAGAAUGAAGAAUGCUGGGUCUUGCAUUUUUAUUUAUUAGUGGCAAAGCAUUUUGGGAGGAACCACGCUGGACCAAACUGCUCAAUUGAAAAGGCGGGACAGAUUUUGAGAUACUGGUUGACCUGUUCAUUAAGUGCUCACCUCUCACAUCCUUCAGCAGUGAAAAGGACAUUUCUUUGAGACCUAUUCAUUUUAAAUGUUUGUAAUUUCAUAAGCACUUUAUAAACUUUUUUGUUGUUGUUGUUGUGGUUCAGUGACAGAAUCUUAUCUCUCGCUUUCCUUGUGGUCGGUCAGAAGGUGCUGAAACAGUUUCUUGCUUAUAUUUAAACUUCCUAGGAGUUAUAUGGCAAAGCUGCAGGUGAAAAUUCUUAAACCUCAUUAGCAGUAGCUAGGUUCUCACUAAAACUGCUUUCAGUGGGAAGCUUCUUCACAGGGGGACCUUUAAAAAUGGACAUUAUCCAUUUCUAAAGGCCUGGAUUUAACACCGUGGGAUCGCUAUCAUUCUAUGCCCAAGCUGGUGAAAUGAUUGUCCUGCGUCUUCUCUCUAGAAGUCCUAUCCCCAUCCUAGGCAAGUUCUUCAGAGCAAUGUUGAGAUUCUGUGGUGCUCAGGCUUGGCACGGUUUCCCCAGAAUCUGGCCCUAAGGCCCCCAAAGCUAUCCCUCUCAUAAGGUGUACUUGGCUGUUUCUUUUGUAUGGUAAGUAUUUGCUCUUUUGAAUUUAAUUAUUAUUGUUAGUGUCAGUCCUGGUUGUGUAUUGCCUCUACUGUAUUUAUAAAUUGGUGCAAAAAAAGCACAAGGAAAUUAUACAUCAGAUUUAUUAUAAAGAAAUAAUAACUAUUUUAACUUUGUUCAAGUAUGUGGUAAUUUGCUCAUAUUAGAGUAAAAAAUACGGUAAAUGAUUAUCAGUUUGUGUAACUUAAGAGUAUUCCAUAUAAUAUUUUUUUAGAAUUAGAUGCACAAAUUUUGAAUGUGAAAAUUGCAGGGCAUUUUAAAAACAUAUGGGGAUAUCUUCCCUAGUCUGUAUUCAUUCAGUUUUUUUUUUCCUUUUGCCAUAUGAUUUUACAUGUACAAUAGUCAAACAUACUGUGAAUAGAUGUCUAUAAUGAGCAAACUGCAUAGAGCGGCAUUUUCCCAUGAAUGCCACUAAUUCCACAGUAGGUGGUGAUUUUGUUUUGAAAUGCAUUCUCUAAGUGAUUUGUAUUUUCUGUGGUGAGUGACUCAUUGCACAUUUUGACAAAUGCAAACAACCUCCGAUUCACAUCUGCUUACUCUUGCUGUGGUAACAUUCAUGUGGACUGCUUUGUACACUGUGAAAAUACUCCAUCCCAGCCCAUGUAUUCUCAGUUUACUCUGGGCUGGGGAAGACUUUGCCAAAACAUUAAGACCAUUGUCAUCCCUGAAUGAACAGUUUUAUCUUCCUUUUCAGAACAUCUGUCUGUAAAAUUCAGCUUUUUGUUUUGAGAAUCCUCAUCAAUGUUAGUGAAGCUGUUCAAUUAAUAUAUACUUAUUAUUCAAAUAACAUCACCACCUUGACAAAACGACUGGAAUGUGACUCUCAUGCCUAGUUAGUUAUAUUUGUCUUUUAUGUUCCCUCUGCCCUUUGAAGUCAUUGGUGUUCAAAAUGCCAUUCUUAGGUGUUUGGGGAUUUUUUUUCUGGCCUAGCUCAAAGAGCAAAAGACAAUAAUACUCUUUUUAGAAUAAUUGUUACAAUCGCAUAGCAUUUGUAAGCACUUUAUAUUUUGCAGAAGUUAUUUCAAGUAAUUUAUUAGUUGUAACUCAUAUGAAAGGCCUGAGAGAGAUCAGUAUGAUGAUGUCCAUUGGAGACUGAGGAAGCCAAAUCAUGAAGGGUUCCAUCACUCAUGGACCAUGUUAAAUGUUGGGAAUGAAGCUAGGGCUGGAAAUCAGGUUUCCUAAAUAUUGGUUUUAAGGGUUCUGAAGGAAAACACACACACACACACACACACCAGAAUAAGCUCCACACCCACUAUAUUUUCCUUAAUUAAUCUCCAUCCUAAAACUUUUUUAUAAAAUAAAUGCAACAUUUUGCACUAAAAUAACUGGUGUUUAACCCCAAGUAAGAGCCUGCUAAUACAUCCAUCGAUACAUCCUGAUAUUUUGCAUGGUGAGGUAGAGAGAGGAUAUUUCCUUAGUUUGGAGAACAGAGUCCUCACACCUCUUCAAAACAGGACCUAGAUUCCAACAUGAUAUAGAGCAGCUACUGAAUCUUUUGAAUUUAAAUGACCUCCUUUACCAAAUGUGUGUUUUAUGUUCAGUAUAUAUACACAUAGACACACACAUUCAAUCUCUCUCUCUCUCUCUCUCUCUCUCUCUCUCUCUCUCUCUCUCUCUCACACACACACACACACACACACACACACACACACACACACACACAGAUUAUACUUGCCCUUAACUUGGCAGGAAGUGGAGACAAGUCAUUAUAAUAAAUGACACCCCUUGACCCAUCACAGCCAAUGUCAGAAGUUAAUAGCAAUCAUCAGAUGACAUCCUAAGUAGGGCAAUUAAAAUGCUGCCAUAUUUAAAACCAGUCUAAUAGUGGGUACAUGCCAGUAUUUAUGUUUUUAAUGUGCUAAUAGGUAGGGCAUUUGAUGGGGGCAGCUAGGUGGCACAGUGGAUAGAGCACCAGCCCUGGAGUCAGGAGUACCUGAGUUCAAAUCCAGCCUCAGACACUUACUAGCUGUGUGACCCUGGGCAAGUCACUUAACCCCAAUUGCCUCACUAAAAAAAAAAAAUAGGUAGGGCAUUUGAAACAUAAACACUGACAUGCAGAGACUGGUAGAUCAGCCAGCCAGCCAGUGUAUAUAUUCUCAAUGUGAUUGGCAUUUGGUAGCUGUUGGGAAAGGGAUAAGGUAGGGGAUAAUUCUACCAUCCUUGAUUUUAAAUGCUAAGGAUGAUAAUCUAUACAUGCCCUGUAGAACCUCCCUCUUUAUUGGCCCAAUUUUUCUUCCUAAAAAGUAGGCAGUGGGGCAGCUAGAUGGAAAAGUGGAUAAAGCACCAGCCCUGGAUUCAGAAGGACCUGAAUUCAAAUACGACCUCAGACACUUGACACUUGCUAGCUGUGUGACCCUGGGCAAGUCACUUAACCCUCAUUACCCAACCCAAAACAAAAAAAAAAGUAGGUGGGCAUUAAUAUUCGUGAUAGAGGAUUUAUGUUGGAAUAUAUCCUAUUUUCUAGAGCUACAAAGAAGUUAAUGGCCUAUAGCUUCCCCAAGAUAAAGGAAUUCCUAUUGAAUUGAUUACUUGAUAUGAAUGCAAUCCAGUGAAUUAGAAAAGAAAGCAUUUCAAAAAAGUUGAUUGAAUUAUCUUUCAAUUUGAAAGGUGGUAGAAUUUCAUUUAUAGCCCUAUGUCCUCCACUUAACAUUUCCUUACAAAGAAAUUCUGUUUUUCAAAGGCCAUAUAGCUCAUAAUUCAGUGGGGCAUUCUUUGUAGAGGAGAAGCAGCCUAGUAGAAUGGAUAAUAAAUAAGGUGAGGAAGACCUGGGUUCAGGUCCUACUUCUGACACCUACCUGUGGCUAUGUAAUCAUGGGCAAGUCAUUUAACUUUGCAGUGCCCUAGGCAACUUUGGAUAGAAGUUCAAAAUGAAUGGCUCAUUUUUAUUGAUGGGGGUAGUUUCCAUAGUGGAUCUGGACCAAAUACACACACACACACACACACACACACACACACACACACACAAACACACACACUAAAGCCCAGGGAUUUCUGUAAGAGAUUUUCAAAUUAAAAAAAAAAAAGUUAUGUUGUAUUUUCAGCAGAGAACCUGGUGGAUCAUAAUCACUUCUUCCUUUACCUUAUUAAAUUAAGUUAAAUUACAUUUCAAAUUUGAAAGAGACUGACAGCAUUUAUUGUUAAAAAUCCAGCUAUUAAGACUUAAAAAAUUCCCUGUCAAAGAAAAUUUACAGUGUGAAAGUAUGUGUCAUGAGCAAGACAGUUCAACAUUUGUCUUCUGUAGGCUUUGACAAAAUGUUUAUAAACACAUGAUAAAAUAUUUGUACAUCAGGAUGGUAGUUUACCACUCAUGACAAAAUUAUCUUUUUUGGUUUUCCAUAAUGUGGGUGCCAUGCUUAUACAAGAUGGACAUUAGGCAACUGUGGGGGUGUGGAAGUAGGUCUGUCUUUUACUGAAGAAUUCAGGUACAUUCAAAAUUGCUUAUUUUAUGGGAAAAUAGUUUUAUUGGUCAUUGUUAUUUGUUGGCAAAAUAAAAGUGCCUUAAGUUAAAGUUUGUUUUGAAAUCCAUUUGGUCAUUGAAGAAAUCAGUAGGAGUUCAUCAUGCAAGAUUUUUUUCCAAGUCUUUCUUUUUUUUGCAUGUCCAUUGUAAAUUUAAUACUGUAAAUGUAUUUAAAAUCAUUUACAUGCCUAUGGCUGCCUUUGAUUAAACUUCUUCCAAAAAUA